CGCCAUUUCACUUCUCUGCCGUCGAUGCGUUGGUGGUUACGCUUGUGUCCGUGUCAUUUUAUUGUGUGAUGUGAUUCUGUUCGUUUGGCAUAAUAUCUACUAACUCUAUUGUGACCAAGGACCAUGGCUUCUUCGAUGCCUGAAAUUGGAAGUAAAAUCAGCCUUAUAUCGAAAGCCGAUAUCAGAUAUGAGGGCAAACUAUUUACGGUGGACCCAAAUGAAUGUACAAUCGCACUAUCCCAUGUGCGCUCAUUUGGAACUGAGGACCGCCAGACCCAGUAUCCAGUCCCGGCUCAAAGCCAGGUCUACGAAUACAUCUUAUUCCGCGGUUCUGACAUUAAGGACAUCAGCAUUGUCAAUACUCAGCAGUUACCCAAUGAUCCUGCAAUUGUAUCUGGUAUGGCUCCAAGCAUGCCGAGCAACUACCCAGGGCACAGCUACUCGCACCACCCUGUAAUGUCGGCACCGAUGGCCCCGCCGCAGUAUCCCAACUACAUGGCGCCGGGCAUGGGACGGUCGUUGAGCAAGCAGGCAAUGUCGAGUGAGUUGGUCAACGUUAACCCUCAGGAGACUGUGCCAGGACAUACAGUUCCUGUCCCAGUCCAGGUCCACGCUCCUCCUGUCAUCCCCAUUGUCAAAGAGCCCACCACUGUGUCUGUUCUAGAGCUACUGGGAGGCUCCCGGUCUUCGACGCCGUCCUUGUCCCGUAAGUCCCCCACCAUAGACCAGGCAGUGCAGGUGUCACCACACAAGGACAAGAAACCCAUUCAGCCGCCAGCACCUCGAGAAGGACGUCAAAACAGAAGUGACAGAAAUUAUCAGGAAACGUACCAGCGGAGGGAUUUCCGAGGCCAGAGGGAUGGACAAAACAACAUGCGAGACAAUGAAUAUAGAGGUCAGAGGGAUGGACAAAACAACAUGCGAGACAACGAGUACAGAGGCCAGAGGGAACGAGACGGUGACUACAGAGUACAAAGAGAUCAAGACAAUCGGAGAGAUGGCUUUACGAGCCAUCCACAGCAGCAACAACAGAGACAAGGGCAGGGCAUGAACCGAGGAGGCUGGGUCAAUCGUGGCAGAGGAGGCGCUGGUCCUAGCAUUCGCAGCAGAGGUCGAGGUGGCCCUGGUGGCAACUUCAACAGAGCGCCAGGCUCAGGUCCACAGAACCAGCCACAGCAGAACAAUACAGCAGCUGUUAAGAAGAAUACUCUUAAGUUUGAUGAAGAGUACGACUUUGACAAGGCCAACUCAGAGUUUGAAGAGCUCAGAAGUAAAACUGCUAAACUGAAGAUUAGUGGAGAGGGAGAAGCUGCAGCACCCAAGGUUAAUGGAGAAGACAAGAAGGACGACUCUGGAAACGAGACCGGACUGGGAGAGGGAGAACCAGAGGAGGACCCAGAACAUGAGCAUGUUGUCUACUACGAUAAGACCAAGAGCUUCUUUGACAACAUUAGCUGUGAGGCAGUCGAGAGGAGCAAAGGACGAUCUCAGAGAACCGACUGGAGGACGGAGCGGAAGCUGAACUCUGAAACUUUUGGUGUUGCAUCAGCUCGGCGGGGAGGCUACCGGGGUCGUGGAGGGUACUAUGGAGGCCGAGGCAUGUACCGAGGCUAUCGGGGUUACAACAUGCGAGGCCAGACCAACCGGAACCCUCAGUCCAGACCUCCCCCCACAACACAACAGACCAGCACUCCUCCUGCUAAAUAAUACGUGAAGAUCUAGUAUUGAAGACGUUGUGAUAUACUCUGUGCAAAUGGCCGGAAAAUAUUUUAAUGUGAAGAGACAUAAUAUUCCAGAAGAAUGUAUUUUGUGUUAGUUGACUGCCCGAUGAUGACCGAGGGAGGGAGCCAUACGUUGUGACUUACUGUGGUGCUGGAUUGAAUCCGUUUCGGAAGUGUUGGUGUCGGUUUGAGGGCCAGGAAGUUUAUGUUAUGUAUUGUGGAUAGGUUAAGGCUGGAAGAAUCAUAUUGAUAAUUUUUGUUAAGGAAAUUAAUUUGGUUCUAAUUUCUAUUAGCAAUCCUUAGAAAUGGGUGCUGAAUGAAAGAAAUUCUUUUUAUUUUAUAGAUAUUACGAAUCAAAGACCAAUUCUAAGCUUUAUGAAAUCUGAUAGACAAAUGUUUUACAAUUAUUUUAUUUAAUUAUUAAAAGUAAAGUACAACUAUAUUUAUUUUUGUAUAAAAUAUGAAUAAAUUUUAAUUUAAAACUGUUUCAUUUUAGUACCUUUGUCGUUAUACCUGUACAGAUAUAAUGGAUUAGAUAUACGCAUGACUGCCUGCUUUUAUUCCUAUUUUUUACUUUAUAAAGUGGUUGAUUAAUAAUGUUUUGUACUUCCACUGUUGUUAUGAAAUAAAGACAACAUUUAAC